AUGGUUCUACGGUUCCUACGGAUGGGAAUCAUCGUAUUCACACUGUUCACGGCGGUGGCGAUACCCGUUUUGAUACCCGUCAACCUGGUUAAUCAACUGGAUUCUCCGGGCCUAAACAAACUUACGAUGGGUAACAUCAAGGACAAAGGUCGUAUUUGGGCCCAUUUGGUGUUAGCUGUUCUCCUUUCGGCUGGUGUGGUCUACUACACGUACCGAGAAACACGCCAAUAUCUUGUACUACGACGAUUGCACCUUUUGAGUCCGGAAUAUGCCAAUUCGGUCACUGCUAGAAUGCUUUAUGUUCCAUCGAUCCCUAAUCGUGUGAACAACGUUGAGGAAUUGACAAGAAUCUUUAGUCGUUUUCCCGGUGGCGUUCGUCGGAUCUGGUUGACCAGGAAUGUCAAAGAGUUGCCGGAUAUCGUCACGGAAAGACAAGACCUUAUCAAAGGUCUCGAAAGCGCCAUCACAAAGUCCAUCGCUGCAGCAUACAAAUACUAUGCCAAGAAAGGAGACGCCGAACUCGAAAACAGACCUGAUUCACGCAUCCCCGAAAGCCUUCGGCCUACACACAGAAUCUCAAAGUUGCCCAUCCCUCUCCCAUUUGUCGGCCGCAAAGUGGACUCGAUCGAUUACUAUCACGAAGAGAUCAAGCAACUCAACGCAAAAAUCGAGGAAGCUCAACGGUCCCCCGAAUCGUAUGAUCAGUUAAGCUCUGCCUAUAUCGAGUUUAACCAACAGAUCGCCGCUCAUAUGGCCGCUCAGUGCGUUAUCCACUCUAAAGAAAUGCAAAUGGCUCCACGAUAUAUCCAAAUCGCACCAAGUGAUAUCAUUUGGGACAAUAUGAAUGUAAAGUCGUUUGAGCGCUUGGCUCGACGUGGAAUCAGUAUGGUGAUCACUUCUGCCAUCAUCAUCUUCUGGGCUAUUCCAGUUGGUUUUGUCCAGUUGGUUGCAAAUAUCGAGUCUCUUAGCAAGGUUUUGCCAUUCCUCGACGGUCUCAAACAACUUCCAGACACCCUGGUCGGUAUUAUCCAGGGUAUUAUCCCUGCUGUGGCCCUUGCCAUCUUGGUUGCUUUGGUGCCCAUUGUCUUUCGAAUGUUGUCAAAGCAGGAAGGCAUUCCUCAAAAAUCAAUGGUGGAUUUGUCGCUUUUGCACAAGUACUUUUUCUUCCUGUUUAUUGAUGUUGUUCUUGUGUCUACCAUCGUUGGUGGUGCUGCUCAAGCUAUUGGUGAUGUCUUGAACAACCCAUUGAGUAUUAUCAACAUUCUUGCCGAAAGUUUGCCCAAGGCCAGUACUUUCUUCAUUACUUACGUCUUGCUCCAAUCUCUGAACGGUACCGGUCAAGCAAUCCUGCAAGCGGUUCCUCUUGUGCUGUCAUUCCUCCUUCCGUUCCUAUCCACGACGCCUCGCGACAUCUUUAUGCAGAAGGGCAAGUGCCCUACUGUUAACCUUGGUACACUGAUCCCAGCACAGUCUGUUAUCUUUGUCUUGGGACUGUUGUACUCGACCAUUGCUCCAUUGAUUUUGCCGUUCGUCUGUCUCUUUUUUAUCAUUUCAUACUUUGUCUACUUGUACCAGUUCUUGUAUCUGUACGAGAUGGAUUACGAAUCAGGCGGUCUUGCUUUCCCUCGCGCGAUCCGACACGUCUACAUUGGUAUGUUUACCUGGCAGCUCACCAUGAUUGGUCUAUUGGCUAUCCAGCAGGCGAUUCCACAGCUGGUGAUUAUGAUCAUUACACUGGUCGUCAGUAUUUUUGCGUUGGCGCUCUAUGACAAGGCAUUCAAACCAUUGUUCAAGUAUCUGCCGAUCCAGCCCGAGGAAGAGGGUAAACAGGCGGUUACCGGUUCCGAGAACCGCUCCUUGGCGAGUGGCAAGGAUGCAGGCCCUGUAGUGCGACGUAAGAAUGGCAGUCCUUCUUCUGCAAACGACAGACAUCGUCGCGCAUCGGUUGGCUUUGUGGAUGCGUACAUUGCACGCGCGCAGCUCCACAAACGUGUCCACGAGGAGCAGGAACACUCAUCGACCGGGCACACUCAAGAGAUGGUGGUUUCAUCUGCACGUCUCAUGUAUGAAGUAGAAUCUUACAUGCAUCCAUCCAUGUACCGGACACAACCUACGGUCUGGCUCCCCGAAGACGAUAUUGGUAUCACUGAACACGAAAUGGCUCAGCUCAAAGAACUCAACAUUCGAACAAGCAACUUUGGUGCCCGCGCUGAACACGAUGGUAAAAAGGGCCAAAAAUCCCGUGUUAACGUGGACGAAGCUAUGUAUGUUCAUGGUGGUAGAGGCAUUCCCGGUGAAAUGCCUACGGAUGAUCCAAACUUCAGCGUCCAAGAUUAUGUGCGCCACAUCGCCGAUAGUUAUGCUUUGGUGGAGUCAUUGGCGCUUACAGCUGCAUUCUAA